AUUCGAGUGAUCUAUCAUUCCUUAUGUUCUUCUAGGCCCUAGUAGUACUAGAACUAGGUCUUGCCAAGAUCUAGUUGAGUUUGCUUUAACUAUCUAACUCUGCAGAUCAGAGGGUGCUGAAGCUCAUAAUCUUUUGAAUUUAGCCGCGUGUGAUUGAGUUCUGUCGAUGAGCAUCAUCCAUACCAAGAACUUCCUAUAACCAACGUGACAACUUGUUCAACCACCACCAUCAUUACGUCGAUUACAAUAUACCGACCACAACAUCACCAUAAUUGCUGCAUCACGACCAAAGAUGAUGAAUCUUCCAGGCGGCCAACAUUUUGGAGCUCCGCAGGAGCUGCAAGGAUCGGUUCCGGGACUGCUGGCGAUGCCCAUCGAGGAUCCGAAAUUAAUAGAGCAUUCCGAAGAUUUGGCGUCAGAAUACGUGAGCCUGGGCCCUUGGAUUCAGCCAGACGCAUUGCCGUUCUAUGUGGGGCGAACCGUGCGGCUGCCGGUGCAGGGAACUCCGAAUCCUCAGGUUGUCAUUAUGAUGAACCAGCAGCCUAUUGAAAUCGAGCAACCAGACGAUGAGCCAAGGCGCAUCCCAAAUGGUGAGAGUGUGGUCCAUUUAAUAAAUUAUGAUAUGAAUUUAGAUUCAAACUACAACAUCUUGGUCCAUUUCACUUCAUAUUGUGAAUCAUGUGACGAUGAUGAUGUCUACCUGAAACACACGUUGAAGGACAAUAUCGUUAAGCAAGGUUUCCAGAAAAAAAUAGCAAUGUAACCUGCCCAUUUUGGAAAGACCAUCUACAAGAGUAAUCCACAGGUGAUUCUCAUGUUCGCAACAGGUACCAUAACGCUUUCCAUAUUCGAGGUGCUUCCUGGGCCAAAGAUAAGGAGGGCAUAUUUCGAAGAUUUCGGUACGUGUGUUGACAUUCCGCGAGAAGUUAUGAACAAGCAUGAUACUCAAAGUGAUAGAUUUCGAUACACCUCAAUAGUUUUCGUCUUGUUAAUAGUAGCUCAUAUUGCUGCAUUAAAAUGCCGCAUCUUAAUCUGAUCAUCUUCAAAUCUUCGUACCGUUGCUAGUUGAAGCACUCUUUAAUAACCAGCAGUACAAGCAGGACAACUACUUAAGUACACAAACACAGAUACUCACUCCGAGUACUACUUACAAUGAGGCACUAGAAUGGUGUAUGACAGUGACAGCCUUCCUCCACUCUCAACUCGUAAUCGUUGUAACAAAAAUCUCUUCCUCCUCUAAGCAUGCCGCGCAAAUACAGCAAGACAUGUGUUCGCUUCAUAUUGCGGCUGAGGGAUUCAGCUUUUUCAAGUUUCUGACAGGCGAAGCUGAGAUGCACAACCAAUUUCCGCACUUGCCUUAUGAAAUUGACUCCACGCCAGUGCUGAUAGGGCACCCGCCACAGGUGAAAGCAUUAACCUAAUAGUGGUCGCACUUGUUAGCCGCUUGGGGCUCGGAACAACGAGUAAGGAUCGCAACAUGAAGCGGACACAUGACAUGGCGGUUAGUGCAAGGAUGGGGAUGCUGAGUCCAGCUGCCAGUGAUCAAGCCAUUUUCGACCGUCCUCAUCGUAAUCUUGCCGAAGAAGUAGAUGAUUGAAAUGGAUGAAUAGAAAUAGCAAUUACGUGGUCAAGACCAAAAACCUGUUGCACCUGCACCCUAACCCGAUGACGAUUCCACCCAUUCCGUGACGCAUUCAGAAGACCCUCUUACGCAGUAGGAGAUGUGCCCACACGCUUAUUGCACUAAUGCAAUUCUCGUCAUCAUCUAUGCAUUCGAUUAAGAUGUUCUUCUACUGCGGAGUACGCAGCAGUUUUUAUUUGCCAUCAUGGCAGGGGAGGUAGAACAACA